AAAGGAGAAAACAGAAGAAAUCAUUUAGCUUCUGUUUGUUCUUGUUUGUGUGUGUUUUUAGGGGCAUAUCCCCUGGAAGACUCAAAGGAGUGCCAGCCUCACUCACGACCCUGGCAUGUCAGGCUGAGUGGYGGAGGGGGGCACUGCAGCGCGGCGCUCAUUGAUAAGUGGUGGAUAGUGACCUCCUUUGAUUGUGGUCUCCAAGCCUACGAUUCAAUCGCCUCGCUCGGGGAACAUGACAGGACUGUGGAGGAAGGCACAGAGCAGCACAUCCCUAUUGCUGAUGUAAUCAUUCACAGCCCUUACCGCUCACCUUUACACAGCCUCACCAUGAUGCGUCUGGCUGAGCCUGCCCGCUUCAACCAGUACGUUCAGCCCAUUCCUCUGCCCACCCGCUGCCCGAAACCUGGAGACACCUGCUCCAUCAGUGGCUGGGGCUCCACCAUCGUAAAUCAAUACGAGCCCUCUCCACGUCUGAAGUGUAUCACUGCGCCUGUUGUGGAUGACCUGACUUGCCUGAACUACUUCCCCCCAAUGCUAUACUGGGGUGUCAUGGUCUGCGCUGGUCAAGCAAACACAGAUAACUGCCUGAAUGACAAAAGCAGCGUGAUGGUGUGUGGCGGAGAGCUGCAGGGUGUGUUGUGGUUCAAUCACGGCUGCGAUAACCCGGCUCACCCCACAGUUUACUCCAAGCUGUGUGAAUACAAUACAUGGAUCAGGAGCGUCAUGGACCWCACAAUGACCACUACACUCCUUCCACUGACAACAUGAAGCAACAAAUAGAAAAGAAAGAAACUUUAUUAUAAACAGUCACAUUUCUGCAGUCACAAUCUUCUUCUAUUCAGUUUGAGAUUGUUAUGAAGGCUUA